UCAGGGACAGGGUGGGUGGCCUGCUCCUGCUGGUUACAAUUUUAGCCGCAGUGGUUGUCUCUUGUUGAAAAUUUUACCCUACACCCUAGUGUAGGGUGUGUUCCCUACACCCCCCCUAUGCUACGUCGUUUUGUAGCUGGUAUUGAGUUCUCAUGUGCAGCUUCUUUCCUUUUGCGAUUCUUUCCUUUUUUUUUUUUUUUUUUCCUUUUUUUCUUUUUUUCUUUUCUUCCUCUUUUUUCCUUUUUCCUUUGAUUCUUAUUAUUCAAUUUAUGUAUAUAUAUGAUUUUAAACCCUAUUUUUUCUCUCUCUUCAAUUGAUCAACCAACCUCCAUUUUUGAUCUACAUUUUUCUCUCGCUAAUUCAUCUUCUUCAUUUGAUUUUUUGAACGAAUUCGUUAAUUGUUACCGAUCAUCAAUGGCGAAUUCUGCAUCUGGAGAUUGCGUUGAUUUUGAUCGCGAUUGCGAGCGUGUGUUUCCUUCUGGACUUCGUUUCGUUGAUUCGUUUGUGCAACAAUUGGAAAAAAAUGAUGAUAUUAUGUAUUUAGAAGCAGAACAGUCUGAAUUAAAGGAUAAAGAAUUUAAAUCUGAAGAUGAAGCUUUCGAAGCGUAUAAUGAAUAUGCUUUUAGGAAAGGUUUUGGAAUUCGAAUUGGGAAGAGUAAGAGAAGAAGAGAUGAUUCUUUUUUGAUGAAAAGAUUUGUUUGUUGUAAUGAGGGAUUCAAAGAUAAUAAGUGUAAGAAUAAAAGGAUUUAUGAGAAGUUGGAUCAUCGAACUGGUUGUUUAGCUUUUGUGCAGUUUCAUAUUGAUCAUUUAGGGGUCUAUACAUGUACAAGACAUGAAAUGGUUCAUAAUCAUGCUAUGAUUCCUCCUGAAAAAAGGCAUUUGAUAAGGUCUCAAAGAGAUGUGAAUAAAGAGCAGCUUCUUUUCAUUUCAACAAUGAAAUUGAGUGGAGUCAAAGUUACUGAUUCUUUGAGGGUUCUAAAGAAGGAGGUUGGGGGAUCUCCUAAUCUUUGUUUUACUGCUUCUGAUGCUUAUAAUGCAUUGUCAUCUGAAAAAGCUGCCCAAAUUGAAGGAUGUGAUGGUAACCAAUUGAUUAAAUAUUUUGCCAAGAGACAUGUGGAUGAGACAGAUUUUUAUUAUGAUUUUGAACAAGAUGAUAGUGGUGCUUUAGUUAGUUUUUUUUUGGCGUGAUGGUAGGAUGAUGAGAGAUUAUCAUUACUUUGGAGAUUUGUUGGUUUUUGAUACAACUUAUAGAACUAAUAAAUAUGGAAUGAUAUGUGCUCCAUUUGUUGGGAUGAACCAUCAUGGUAACAAUGUCAUGUUUGGUAUGGGUUUUAUUCUUAAUGAGCGCACCGAGUCUUUUGAUUGGUUGUUUGAUACAUUUUUGCACUCAAUGGGGAGGAAAAGUCCCAUUACAAUUAUGACUGAUCAAGCACAAGCGAUUGCAGCGGGUAUAAGAAACAUUUUUCCUUCAACUGUUCAUCAUCGUUUAUGUGUAUGGCAUCUUGAACAAAAUUCUAAGAAACACAUUGGAGCAUUGAGAGCUUUGGAAGGCUUUACAGAUUUGUUUGGAUAUCUUUUGAAGUAUUGUGAAACUCCUGCUGAAUUUGAAUAUUUCUGGAAAAGGAUGUGUGAUAAAUACAAAUGUGAAAAUGAUGAUUGGUUAUGUGAUUUGUAUAAAAUAAAGGAAAUGUGGUGUCCUGCUUAUUCUAAGAAGUAUUGGUCUGGUGGUAUAUUGUCUUCUCAACGUAGUGAAACUACUAAUAAGUCAGUUUCACAACGUCUUAAUAAGACUCAAGGUUUAUGUGAUUUUUAUCAUGUUUUUCUUGAUGUCAUUUCUGAGUGGAGAAGUAAGGAAGGUGCAAGAGAUUACAAUACUCUGAGGGGUAAUAGGCACCUAGCUUUUGCUAAUAUUGGUAUAUUAGUUCAUGCAAGAUCAUUGUACACUAUUCAAGCUUAUGUUCUUUUUGAAGAGGAGUUCAUUAGGGGGACAGCUUAUGAUCAUGUUGAUAAUGGUUUGCGUUUUCCAGAAUAUUCAUAUCUUCUUUGGAGGCCUGGGAAGGAUAUAAUUAAGCAUGAAGUUGUUUUUAAUAAGGAAACACAUGCAAUUUGUUGCACAUGCAUGUACUUUAGUGAGACUGGUUUACUUUGUUCUCAUUCUCUUCGAGUAUAUCAUUUGCAUUGUGUGCGUAAUAUUCCACAAGAGUAUAUAAUGAAACGAUGGACAAAGGCUGCCAUGUGUAGUCAUGGUAUUGAAGAACCUACUUUGAGGACAAAUGUUGUGGCUACUAGUGUUUGGAGGUCACAAACAAUCAGAAAGUUUGUUAAGUUGAUAACAAGUUGUCAGAAUUCUUUGAAUGCAAGGGCAGAGGUUGAGUGUUAUUUCAAUCUGUUAAAAGAAAAGGUUGAGAGUGUAUCAGGUGUAAUUGACUUUAGUGAACCUGUUAAAGAGGUUGAAAUUGUUGAUCUUGAGAUCAAGAAUCCUCCAAAAGCUAGGCCUAAAGGUGAGAGGAAUGUAAGGCCUAAGAGUACCUUGGAGAAGCAGUGUAACAAGGCAAAGGGUAAUUUCAAGAGGAAAAAGUCUCUGUACACUCCUUACAAAAGGGGUAUAGGGCAAGCAGUUGUACAGGAACUUGAUGAGAACGGUUGUGCUGUUACUUAUGCUAAUUCUAUUAGUGAUCCCAUUGAAUUGAUUGUUUUGAGCAAUAAACGGGCUCAGGUCGGCUUAAAAUCAGCUGUUGUAGAAGAAAUUCCUUCUAGUUCUAAGGAAUCAAAUCAUAGUAUUUCCAAUGAUUUUGAUCAGGCUACUGGUGAAAGCUCUCUUUCAUCUAUCAUAUCUAUUGAUGUUGAUAUUUCAUCUAUUGCUAAGGCGAAGGAUUUAAAUCUUGAAGGUGUUUCUGCUGUUCAACCUUGUUCUAAUUUUGGUGCAAAUGAAGGUGCUUCUGGUGUUAAAACUUACUCUCAAAUUAAUCCAAGAGUUCCAAUUCAUACUAGUGCGUCAACAAAAUCUCCUGUUGUUAUUCAACCUACUGUUCCCAGGAAUGUUCAAAAUCAAACUCAGAAUUGUUCAAACACCAAUCCAGAAAUGAUCAUAUCCAACUCCAGGAAUGUUCAAUCAACAAAUGUUCAAGUUAUUUCUCCUACGGUUCAAAUAAAUGAUCAAGGAUUUCCUGUUCAGAAUGUUCAAGUUACUCCUCCCACAGUUCAAAGAAAUGAUCAAGGUGCUCGUGUUCCAAUUCUUCAAUCAAGAAAUGUUCAAUUAGGUUCUAAAAAGAUUUCUUCUAAAUAUGAUAGGUUGUUAGCCUUUUUUGAUACAAGUGUAGCUAAACGUUUGGCUAAUAAAGAUAAAUAAUUAGUAUUCCAGAACUUUAUAAA